AUGACAGUCACGAAUCACGAUCCCUCGUCGCACAUCAGCCGUGGCCCGAUUUUACCACAUGUUGCAUCAUCUUUCGAGUGGGCUUCAUCGAACAUCGGGUCUUCAAGAUGAGCGGCUGGCCACCGACAAAUCUUGAUGCAUCGCUCCUGCACGCGGAAGAAUGGUCCUUCCUGGCUGAAGGGGGACAAAACCUGCUUCUCCGUUACACUGGCCCUAUCGCAUCCAGCCCUCAACAGCUUUCAUCUUCAGUCGGUUCCCCUUUCUUGGGAGAGGAAGGAGCGCUAGCUUUGCGCGUGAAAAAGCAAAAGCUCAAAUCAGGGAAGAAUGGCAAGCCGCAGACGCCUCAAAUCGAUAGCCAAGCAUUUCAGAGCAAGGUCAUUGUUCCCCUGCUUGGGCUGUCAGAUGUACUACCUGCCAGCAUUCCCAUCGAGCUGCCUUGCUACGAAACAGCUGACAUACAUGCACAGGGACAUCCUUUCGUAGAAGCCAUUGCUCGUCGUAUAGAAGAAUCCAGGCCGGAGCGGAGGAGACUGAUCGAUGAGAUCGAUCCCUCCGCAUCUCUCAUCUGGGCUGUUGAGGACUUGACUUCAAGCGGACAUGCCGUCACAGCAUCGAGAGCUGUUCCAAGGCGAGUACUUGCAGUCGAGAUCAAGCCCAAAUGGCUCUUUCUACCGGCGUUAGUGGAAGCAACCGACAGGGAGGUAAAGGCCACAUUUGACUUCAAGAAGAACAUAUCCCGCUACAAAAUGCAUCGCAUACAUCGAGAUCCGAGUCUGUCACUAGCAGAAUGGCAGCAGCUUUACGACCCACUUGAUCUCGCUAGUCGGGAUCCCGCUCGCACACGACAUGCUCUUGAAGCACUCUGGAACGAAUGGAGACGCACAUCGGAUGCAAUUCCUACAGCUGGCAACGAAAGUGACGAUAUUAACGGUAUGGAUAACGGGGAUGCUGUUGCUUCCUCUGCUUCAACCCAGCAACACAUGAACAACAAUCUUCGAGUGUACUUGAACGGAAACUUUCUCUGCGGCGAGCAAUGGGCCGAGCUUACGGAAUUUCUGUCUGUCGAAUUAUCCGAAGAUCACGUCAAGCAGGCCUUCCUCGAUCUCCUGCUCUCACACCUGCAUGCAUCGCCUUUAUUGGAACGCCUGGCUGUAUGUCAAUCUGCGGCGGACAUUCAGCUACUAGGCCAAGGUUGGAGCGACCUGGAGCGAUCCGAGCCUGUCAGCGAUGUGGGAGCCUCCUCUGCCGCGCCUUUCCAGCUCAAGGACGGGAGUUCAUCUGCCGCUGCUACCAUCAUGAAGGAGCCCACUCUGCAGGAGCUCAUCGAAGCGGUCAUGAUAGCACCUGGAGCACAAAGCAACAGGGCCGCCAGACUCUUGGCGAAAAGUCACCGCGCUGAGAUUCUUCAGUACGUUGUCAGUGCGACAUUCAAAGACUGUUCUAUGUUCUUGCGAUUCAUACGAAACUCCGAGCACGACGGGCCCGAAUGUUCCAUCAGGCUGAUCGACUUGGAUCCCAAGCCAGUCGGCAGCAUGUACAAGUGGUGGAAGAUUGACCAGGAGAUCGUAGAGAGCUUCAAGGCUUGGGUCGAAAAGAAUAGAUUGGACUGGGACAAGAGCACCACGCCGUGGAAACUGGUACAGAAGACAUAAGUAUUGUAAAGUAUUUCAUCAUCGUCUUCUUCCUAAGACAUUGAUUCGGUAGCAUACACUAGAAACUAUGUAUUUUUGCUGGUUAUCACGG